CCAAAGCUCCCAAAUUUCUACUGAAAGCUGUGUCUGAUAUAACGAAGUGUUUUGAUAAUGUACAUGUAACUUCCCGUGUAGUGAAGGUAACAUGGGGACAAUAUUCUGUGUUUCAAGCAGAUUUAAAUUGUAUGGACGAUGCAUUGAAAUUCGACUGGAAAUACUACAUAAAUCUAGCUGGUUCUGAGUUUCCGUUGAAGACCAAUUUAGAAAUGGUUACUAUAUUGAAAGCA